GAAAAAUAGCGACGAAACACGAACCUGGACUAAUUAAGUACAUGAGUACAUGAAAAAUUGCUUCGAGCGAAAAUGCCGAUUUGGAGCCGCGCCCGAUUGGCGAUUUGCGCGGUGUCGGCAACGCCGUCACCAGUCCCACAGAUUACAGAGCGAGCACCUCUGUGAUCUGUGCACUGUCCUAACCUAUCUGCGGACACCAGUUGAGCGUUGUGUUUUGCGUUGCGCUAGCAACAAUGUCUUCGGAGAAUUCGAGGGCCCCCGAGCCCAAGGGGCGCGGCGCCAUCCUGCAGGCGCUGUUCGAGCGCAAAAAGCGGGAGCGCGAGGCCAUGCUGCACGGCGUCGGCGUGAGUGGCCAGGAGCCCAAAGCCCCGCGGGGCAGGGCGGCGCUGCUGGAGAAGAUCCGCAUGAAAAGCUUGGCCCCUGUGGGGGGCGAGCCGGCGGCUGCGACCCCUACUGUCGAGCAUGUGACGCAGAGCCUAGCCGCUGUGGAACUGGAGGAGGCGCCCCAAGUCACCCACUAUCGAGGCGCCAGCGGGAAGCCAAUUGAUCUAUCGGUGAACUACAUACGACUGAAGGUGCAGCCCGGCCAGGGGGUGUUCGAGUACGAGGUGGCGUUCAGCCCCGAUGUGGACGCCAAAAACAACCGAAUUCGCCUGGUUAAUCAGAUACUGGAGGGCGCCAGUCGCGCCAAAGUGUUCGACGGGGGCGCCUGCCUCUACCUGCCGAACAACGCGCGGGGGGCGCAGGCCCAAUUCCAGGCGAAGAUGCCGGACGACGCCACCGAUGUGACCGUCACCAUCACCUACAAGCGGCAGAAGAGUCUGGGCGAUCGCGAGUGUCUGCACCUGUACAACGUGCUGUUCAAGCGCAUCAUGCAUCUGCUGCUCUACGUGCAGAUCGGGCACAACUACUUCGAUCCGCAGCACCGCGAGCUGAUCCCGCAGCGGAAGCUGGAAGUUUAUCCGGGCUUUGUGGUGGCGGUGGACGAGCUGGAGGACGGCCUGAUGCUCUGUCUGGACACGCAGCACCGCGUGCUGCGCACAGAGAACGCCUACGAGCUGCUCAAUGAGCUGAAGUGCGUCAGCAGCCCGGCGCACUUCAAGGAGGCGGCGCUGCGCAACCUGCUGGGCUCGCUCGUGCUCACCAAGUACAACAACAAGUCCUACAUCAUCGACGACAUCCUCUGGGACAUGACUCCGAGGGACACCUUCCCGACCAGCGAUGGCAGGGAAAUCAGCUUCAUGGAGUACUACAAGAUGAUGUACAAGAUCACCAUCGCCGACCCCAGCCAGCCGCUGCUGCUGCACCGCAGGCGGCUGAAGAAGAACACGCCCCCCGAACUGGAGGGGCGCAUGGUGUGCCUGAUCCCCGAGCUGUGCACCCUCACGGGGCUGACCGACGCGAUGCGCAACGAUUUCCGCGUGAUGAAAGACGUGGCGCUGCACACGCGCGUCACGCCGCAGCAGCGCGCUCUCGCGCUGCGCACCUACUUGCGGAACGUGCGCAGCAAUGAGCGCGUGCAGCAGAUCCUGGGCGAUUGGGGGCUGCGCCUGGCCGACGACAAUCUGCCGCUCAGUGGGCGCCAGCUCGAGAUGGAGCAGAUCGUGUUCGGCAGCCAGCAGAUGCGGCCGGCGGGCGCCGGGGCCGACUGGGGCCGCACGAUGACCAACUGCGAGGUGACCGGCCCCAUGGACCUGCUCAACUGGGUGCUGUUCUACACCAGUCAGGACGCCAAGAUGGCGCAGGAGUUCGCCGCCCAUAUGACGCGGCUCGCCCCCUCGCUGGGCUACCAUAUCGGGGCGCCGCGCAUGGAGAGGCUGCCCAACGACAACACCGCCACCUACGUGUCGGCCAUCCGCACGAAAAUCGACACUUCUGUGCAGGCCGCGGUGUUCAUCUGCCCGUCGAUGCGCAGCGACCGCUACGCCGUCAUCAAGAAGCUGUGCUCCACCGACGUGCCAGUGGCGUCGCAGGUGAUCAACUCGCGCACGCUGUCGCGCCCCGACAAGGCGCGCUCCAUCAUCCUGAAGAUCGCGCUGCAGAUCAACUGCAAGCUGGGCGGCACGCUGUGGACCGUCAAGUUUCCGUUCCGCGGCUGGAUGAUUUGCGGCAUUGACGUGUACCAUGGGGGCGUCAACCAGCCGUCUGUGUGCGGGUUUGUGAGCAGCCUGAACGAGAGUAUCACGCGCUGGUACUCGACGGCCACCUUCCAGGGGCAGGAGCUGGGCGACUUCUACCCGCGCGCCUUCGCCAAGGGCCUGGAGCAGUUCCGGAACCAGAGCGGCGCCUACCCGAGCAAAGUGGUGGUGAUCCGGGACGGAGCGGGCGACGGCCAGCUGGACUACGUCAAGCGCUACGAGAUCAAGCAGUUCGAGGACGUUUUGAAGCGGUUCGAGCUGGACAUCCCCAUCUGCUUCGUGGUGGUGCAGAAGCGGAUCAGCAGUCGGCUCUUCCAUCGCGCCCCCAGUGGGCAGCUGCAGAACCCGCCGCCCGGGACGGUUUUGGACCACACAAUCACGCGCAGGCACCUGUACGACUUCUUCAUGGUGCCGCAGAGCGUGCGCGAAGGCACCGUCAACCCCACCCACUACAUAGUGCUGCACGACACGUGCCGGCUGAAGCCCGACCACGUGCAGCGGCUGUGCUACAAACUGUGCCAUCUCUACUACAAUUGGCCGGGGACGAUCCGCGUGCCGGCGCCCUGCCAGUACGCGCACAAGCUGGCCGCCAUGGUGGGGCAGCAGCUCAAGACCGAGCCGAGCCCGGCGCUGGCCGACCGACUGUGGUACCUGUGAGGGGCCAAUCCAAACCACUAGGCUUACGAAACAAUGUUUUACGUUCAAAUUAGGUUAACGAUGCGAAAUAUACAGUUAAGUUGCUAA